AUGCUUCGUUCACCUAAUAAAGCUGGAUCAGACUCCGAUAUCUCCAAACAACCGAAAACUCAUUCUUCGUUUGCGGUUUCAAGACAAAAAAGACGUCACAAUGAACUCUCAAGGGAUGACUUUAUUUCGUUCAAGGAAGAAGUUAUGCAAAUGCUGAAAUCAUGGAAAACUGAUCACGACAACCAUUACCCAAUAAAUAAUAUAAACAAAAUAAUAACCAAUACCCAAUUUUGCCAUUCCCACAUUCUGUUCAAAUUAAACAACAACUAUUCAAUCAGUCUCCAGUACUUUGCACAUCUUCUAGUGGUGUAG